AAGUAUUUCAAGAAAAUAAGGGUUUGGCUUGAAAUAGUCAUUCUCCUGAUAAAAUGAAAAAACAAAUCGAUGGUCAAAUUGUCUGACCGAUGAAAUUUUCACGCAGUCCAAUUGCAUAAAUGCUUUUGGAUACCAAACAUUUGUAUCUGAUUCUUUUUCUCAGAAAUUUUGAUUUUAAUCAGAAAUGGAAAGACGUCCGUUUAGAAAGAGGGAGGAGUCUGCGUUGACGAAGGGAGUAAAUGCCGUUUUUUCGUUCGUCAAAUUUGCGGAGUUCGAGAUUCUUUUCCUUCUGUUCUUCAUAAUCGCUUUCAUCGUCUUCAAAGAUCUCAUGGCAAGGCCGGAAUAUAAUCAGAUCCUUGUCAAAAAGCCUGGUGGAAUUGAUUUGUGGCCUUACUAGCUGCAGUCACCUGCUUGAUGUAUGGGUUGGAUUGGAUUGAUAUAUUGUUGUAGUAGUGAGGAAUGCUAAUAUUUGAAGAAAUUUUUUGUUGCACGUUUAUAGAAUUUUCUUAGUUGUUUCAAGUGUAUUGUGCGUGAACUUCUUCCGAGAAUACAAAGGACUAUUAUGUUUCAAGGCAGGAUUCAUUCUGAUGUAUUGAUUUUAUAAGUCUGUAUAUCAAGUGAUUUGAUAUAAAUUAAUGGAGAUUUCAUCAUAAUAUUUCAUUUA